CAAUACCAGCUUUUAAGAGACAAGGCUACAGAUCUGCAUUUCACUUCUGAGGACUAUAUGCAAGUCUUUGUGUCUGCCUUCUUUCACUAGCACCCUUGCUGUUGCUCCGUUGCUGAUCAGGCAUCAGCCGAGAUGAGAUCACUUCUUACUUGAAUCCCAACUUGGGUUUCAUAGCCGCCCCUCAGCCUCAAAGAAGACAGCUGAACUUUUCUGGAUAGACCCCUUUCUGUGCACUGAAUUUUCCAUGUCUCAAACUCCUUCCAGUCCAGAAAUCAAAAGGGCUUUAGAAGAGAGCCCAGGGACUAACAUUGACAAUGAAUCCACGCCACCUCCCAUGCCCAGCAAUUACCUGAUCUUAUCGAUAUUCGCCUGUUUCUGCCCUGCAUAUCCUAUAAACAUUGUCGCAUUUGUGUUCUCUAUAAUGGCCUUAAACAGCUAUAAUGAUGGAGAUAUCGAUGGAUCGAAGAGGUUGGGACGUAAUGCCCUGUAUGUUGCGAUUGCAUCAAUAUUAAUUGGUCUAGCGGUUAUUACGACGUACUGUGUUGUUCAUUUUACAACGCAUACAGUCUGAAGGCCAAACAAGAGAUCAUGCUUGCAUUAGUCAUGCAUUAGGCUAAUCUCAUCUGCACAUGGGAAGAGGCAAGGUCUUGCAUUUGAGAGUCCUAACCGUCAAAGCAGCCACAAUGGAAGCAAUUGAUUUGUAUACAUCUAAAAGUGUGUGUGUGCACGCAUAUAUUCUGUAUGUAUAUACAUAAGUGGCUUUAGACAUAAAAACAGAUGACAUUUUGCACAUGCAGAAUUUUUUUUAAUUUAUUUUGUUUAUUGUUCCUCAUACUGGCAUAGCCAUGGAAGUUCAGAACACACAAAUGCUAAGUAAUCUAAGAUUAGGUUACACAACAUACCUUCUGAUUUCCUGCAAUAGAAAUAUGACACUCACAAUGACCCAUGGCCAACUUUGCAAAGUGUUCUCUGCGCUAUAAAAUAUUUAUAAGUGGCAUGCCUACUGGCUUCCUAAAACCUAGACUGGUGCUCUCAUUAAAUCCAAAACAAAUGGAAUGCUCUGAAUUUUUGUAAUAUGAAAACAUUUCAUGUUUACCUGUGACAUUUGUCUAGAAUAGCACAGUCAGCUACACCAUAUAAAUAUAAUAUAUUUCAUAUCACCACUAUUCUUCUUCAUCAUUAAUAAUUACCAAUUUAACCGCUCGCCUUAGAAAAUACACCUUUUUCCUGCUAACAUGAAUAACAAUAAUCAUAACAAUAAAUCAUGAACUAAAUACACGCCCAAGAAAUGGGAUAUGUCAUGAUGGAAAAGUUUGUGUGUAUAUGUGUUGACCUGAAGAUUAUAUUCAUUUUGAUAACUAUUCUAUAUUUAUAAAUGUUGGUUUGUAGAUUUUCUUAACUUUGUACUUGAGUAAAUUAAAUGUUUAUUCUAUAUUUUGGCUGUGACACUUGAACUAUGUAAUAUUUAAGAGCAAGCAGGGAUUGAAAUAUCCAUAUUAUUGAUAACCCUUUGUAUAAAAUGUAUUUUCCAAAAAUAUAAAACAUUGUCAAUGUAUACAGGAUUUCUGUUUAUAUAAAUGCAGGAUUUACCAUG